AUGACAGUAUCAGCUAUCUCGCCCAAGAAGAAGCUCGAGGCGAAAGAUCCUUCGACACUGCUUGAACAUGAUUUCGAGAAGAAUCCGAAAACUAUUGAACGCCUCGGAGUCCACUGCCCCAUUGAAAUAUUUAACGAUGCGAUACAGGCAUUCUCAACGGAGAAGGCAUUGGAAAAGGCACUUGACUUUAAGGAGACACGCGAACAACAACGCCACACGAGGGCAAUUCAUGAGAUCGUACCAUAUAUUCCAACCGCGAAUGCUGACAAGAUUUACCACAAAACUUUGAAGCAGCAUAGCCAAUCAGUCAUUGAGAGUAACAAGUUUACCGAUGCCCAGAAGGUCAAAAUCGCGAUCAUUGCGCAUAUCCGCCAUGUCUACACUGAUUAUGAUGAACUUAUGGACAAUGACCAGGACAAAGACAUGGGCGCUAAGAAAACCCGCCAAAGGAAUGCCGUCAAGUCAGAAGUCAUAAAUAUCGCACGUCAAUGGGGAUACAAGGGCAACAUCCUCAAGUCAGAUGUAGGCGAGCGAAUGAACCGGGAUGACAUACGAGCCGUAAAACCUCGUUCCCGAGUCGGCAAACCCAGCAAUCCCCUGAAGACGGCGCUGAAGGUAAGGAAAGAGGCUCUUAAAGAAGUGCGUACGGAGCGACGGAGACACAAAAAGCAGAUGAGGCAACACAAGCAGAUUGAAAGUAUUCCAGAACACGACGAAGUCGCCCAAAUGCCUGGAAUCAGCUUCGAUGAGAUGACCAAUAUAGAAGGCGUCGAGUGGGAAGUACACCAGGCGCUAUUUGACUACGUAUUGAAUCCGGUCAAUUACCUACAAGUGCCUAAAAAGCUACGGCACCCAAUGUUCCAGCUACAACGUGAAAUUGUCUUAAGGAUGGGAUUGAAAAACUAUCGCCAAUAUCAGCUCGACCUGGCCAUACAGCAGGAGCAAGGUCUGCGGCCCACUUCUAGCACAGUAGUGCAUAGCAGUGCCGUAAUUCCUCACCGGCUUGGUUUACCUCUGCCAGCAUUUCAGGACUUUGCGCUUUCUCCCGAGGUCAGAGCACAUAAGACUCUGAAUCCAACGCCGCCAAUUUCAGCGGGUGAACAUGAUCGACUGAACGUAGGCAACGAUAUCAUGUCUAUUUCCAGUAUCUCAGCAGGCGAAGGCGAUAAGCAAAGCAUAGGCAGCGACGCCAUGUCAAUCUCAGAUGAUUCAGCCACGGACAAUGAACUUAUCCAAGGCGCACAAAGCGCCACAAACGUGGAGAGAAAACAAAGAAAAGAAGGGAGCCGAAGACCAUGGAGGAAAUUUGCGAAGGCCGAAGUGAGCAACCUUGCAAUACGUACGAUGGAGUCAUUGAGCACCACCCAUGCUGCGCCACUGGACCAUGAGCUGGAUUUCAUUUUACUGUGA